AACUUCUUAAGUUUAUUGAAACGGCUUCUUGAAAUUUAUACUGUUUACGAAAUAACUACGUUUGACUGAAUACACUCAAUAAAAUAAAAUAUUUUAAAAGUACCCCGUUUCGGUGUUAUGGCGUCUUUGUAUAAAAGAACGAACCGUGUAUGCGCUUAUUGUUUUACUGUAAUGAGAUAUCUCAAUUGUUUGUACUGAUUAUUAUAACUUUCAAAUGUACGAAAUUUGUGAAUCAGCGCUGUCGAGGAGUGUUUGAAAAAGGGAAAAUUAUCUGUGAUUGUGUUUCAAUGGAAACAUAAACAAAUUAUGAAUAUUGGAUGACGGAGUUAGCGGUUAGUUCGUCUUCUUUAGUACCACCACCAAAAGUUAAAGCGGUUGCUACUACACGGAAAACAUCAAAUCUUAACAUUGAUAUAGAGAUAGAGAAACCAAGAAACGGACAUAAAGCAAAAUUUGGUCAUAGCAUUAUUCGCCUGUCAGGAUCUCUCGCGCGGCAAACUGUUGUUACAGACCAUACAAUACAACUUCAUUUACCCGGAGGCUCCGGUGUGCAUGAUCUUAACCUUAUUUAUAACAAACAAGGACAACCAAAUUUGCCCGAAAAUACUCGAAGUGGAGUUUAUAGUUUGUUAACUCAGCGGCGCCAUGAUCUUGUACAUGUCGAACCCGUUGCUCUUGCUGACGCGCCACCUAUUAUAAAAGAUCUCAAAGAGGGAGACUUCGAUUUAAUUGCAACUGCUACAAAUAAAGCUGUUUUUGAUGAACAAGUAACAGACAGUUUCCUACCAGGAGAGCUACAACUUUUGAGAAUCUGGAGAACUGGAGAAUUUUAUACCUAUAACCAGGCGACUGGAAAAUUAAAUAAACUACAAGACGGUCGGAAACGGAACUUGAAAACUGUUGGAUACGCGGUUGACAAGUUCCAGGUGCUGCCCGGUAUUCAAAACUGGCAUUAUAGUUUUGAUGAAACUGCAAAUUAUUACAAGAAAUAUUUAAUCCAGGAUGAACUAGAAAGUCAACUAGGCAAACAAAUUCAUCCGUCCCAGUCUUUACCGGAAAUACACAAACAAGACCGCUCUCUAGAACGCCGUUGGAGUUUUACGUCCGACAACUCUCCUGAAAAAGACAGUUUCUAUCGGAAAGUUGUCGCAGGGCAAGUACCCUUGAAGAGAAAUUUAUCAGAACGGGGUCAACGACCUAGGCUGACCCGAUCUAAUAUCUUAAGACACGAAUUUCACCAGAGCCGGCGCCCGCUACCAUCGAUUUCCACACUGUUUCCCGAGAUGGAGGGGAAAGGCAAGCUGUUUGAUGCCGAUGAUGCGCUUCAGGAGCAAAACUUGAAGUGCCCAGUAUGUAAGAACUAUUAUGAUACCCGAGCCCGCAACCCGCACAUACUUCACUGCCUGCAUAGCACUUGCAAUGCCUGUCUCAAAAGUCGGGUCCGAGCGGAGAUGGUUCAGUGUCCAGUAUGCAGCGAGGUACAUGAAGUACCAAACAACGAAAUAGAAUUACUACCGGUAGACCAUGCUCGGCAACACCUCGUCAAGUUCUACAAGGUCCGUAACCGCUCCCAGGAGAUAGGGUGUGACAGUUGUGACCCCCGGAACCGAGCCACCCACAGAUGUAAGGAGUGUGAUGAGUUUCUUUGUGGCGUCUGUACUGAAGCCCACAAACGGACAAAGGUCACCAAAGGUCAUAAUGUUGUCAAUGUGGAUGCUUUGAGGAGAUCCAACUUGGACGAGUUCCACCACAAGCGCACGUGCCCCGUGCCAGAGCACGAUGACCAACAUUUUAGUUUCUAUUGUUACUCGAAAGGAUGUGAUACCCCAAUAUGUUCCUUGUGUGCAGUAACCGAACAUAACAAAGCCGACGGUCACGACAUCCGUAACAUUAAUGACGUUUAUGUAGAGAAUAAGAGGCUUGUUGAGGGUUUGCUGAUAGAUGUGAAACAUAAAAGAGGUCUUGCUGAAGAGGCGAUACAGAGUAUUGAAGAUGAAAUACAAAAUCUUUACAUCAAGGAGAGUGCGACGGAUGAAGAAAUAGACCAGGCAUUCUUAGCGUGCCAGAAGCAACUUGAGAAACGGAAAAACGAACUGAAAGAGAAACUGGCGGCAACAUCAAAGGCGAAGAAGAAAGGAAUGGAAAGCCAGUUAGAUAAACUGAUCAGUGAGAAGAACAGUCUGGAUCAUGCUGCAAGGUUCUCAAACAAUGUGUUAGGAUAUAGUGAUACAACAGAAUUCCUGCAAAUGAAAGAUGCCUUAUUCGCCCGUCUUGGUGAACUGAAAGAGAUGGAAGUUGAUAUAAGACCACAUAACAAAGCCGAUAUCAAAUUCCACGGUCACAAAAUGGUUGAUGCCUUCCAGAAGUUUUCUAAUAAGAUGGGCGAAGUAUGGUCAACCACGGCUUUUAUACCAAAUACAAAGAUCCAGACGUAUGACAUUGGUCUUGGGCGCGAGGAGACCGCCAUGAUGAUUACUCUUCACGAUUAUGAGAGGCGCCCUCUAGCGGAACCAGGCGUUGAUAUUCGGGUUGAGGUCUUAAAUCCUAAUGGAAAGAAAUCUCGAGCCCAAGUCAUCGACUUGACAGAUUCUGAGGGAGCGUAUAAAGUUAUUUAUCAGGGAACAAAACUUGGCGACCACAGAGCUAGUGUUUUUGUUAUGGGCUUGCCAGUAAUUGACCCUGGCGUGCAGUUCAAGGUCAGACGUCAGACAGAUUUGGAAACAGACGUUCUUAGGGACUAUGAGCUGGAAUCGGGUGGUCACCAACAGAUCAAGGCCAAGAUUGAUUCAGCUAGCUCAGUUGUAGCAUCCGGAAGACAACUGGAAUCUUUGACAACAUUUACAACCCCUAAAGGAACUAGGAACGACAUACAUUCUGGUUUUCCGUCAUCGACUAAGUUCAACUCAACCCCUUCACAUGACGACAAACUUGGUCUGCAGCUUCACGAUGACGACUACGAUACAGAGAGGAACAAGCCGAGAGCCAGGUCCUACCGAGUGUUUGGGGACAUCGUAUGUCCUGAUUUUAUGUAUGACGCUUCAACAUGCCAUCCACAGAACAUGGUUACCUCGGAUUCGAGAACUUUGAAAAACGUUCGUGGUCGCACUGCCAACAUUGGCACGGCCCUCAAGAACUACCGUGGGACGAUUGGUACCCGGCCUUUCAGCAAAGCUGGCAGAUUCUACUUCGAAGUUGUUGUUUACUUCUUCAUUAAACGGCAGCUGCGCAAUGACCUUAUUUUCGAAGUGGCAAUAGCCCGGAAGUCCGAGAUAGACAAAAACUACACAGUGGAUGGUUCCCCGUAUGCGUGGACGGUAUGCGCGCGCAGAUGUCCUCUUUGCCGAACCGUCUGCUUGAUGACGUUCCACAAUGGUGUUCGGUUGUAUCACCUUCCUCUGACAGAAAACUCUCCGCCAGGGACUACUUUACGCACAACAAUCGGAUUUUUGGUAGAUAUGAAACAGAAGCAGUGGUUUAUUGUCGACGCCAAGAACAGGCGACUCUUCUACCGUUUUAAGAACAUAGACACCUCAAAGCCGCUUUGGCCAGUUUUCGGGGCGUACAGCACGGAAUACGUCAGCGUUUCAUUGGCUUUGAAAACUGGAAAAGAUGUUCAAGCUGUACCAGAUAUACCAUCCGAUGUUUAAAAAGUGUAUUCAGACUCAUAUUUAGAUAUUUGCCAUAACAUGUACAUUUUGUGCGUUUUCAUAUACUAGUUAAUGUUUGUAACUAAACUGACGUUUGAACGCGAAAGAACUUUAUACAUACUUGCGUUUUAUAUCUUAAUAAAAUUAUGCGAUAAUUACUUUAUAUUUGCUGUGAUUUUUCAAUAUUUAUUUGACAGAUUAUGGAUGAAAGUUUGUGUUGUUUCUUAUUAAACGGUGCAUGGAAAACA